UUAUAUAUAUGUCUCCGUAAAAUAAAACAAGUGCCGUAAUGGGAUAAAGAUUCCCAUGCAAUCAUCCAUGUAUUUUGAUGCAUAAAAAGACCAGUGUUAUUACAGAAAUAUAAGAAGUAGAGAUGUAGGAAGAAGAUAUUGAUUAGAGAUUAAUGUUUCUGUUUCUGGAUUAGAUUGUGUGAGUUUUUUUUUUCUCAAAGAUGACAGUUUUUGAAAGGAGGGCGAUUAAAAGCCCACUGAGAAGCCCAAUGAGAAGCCCAAAUACGAGACUGUGGUCAAUGGCAACUCCAAGUAUUUCUGUAAUGUCAAGUCCAUUUGAUAAAAGAGAUGUGGAGGAUGAUGAAGCUGCCUUAAAAAUGGCAGCCAUUGAGCAGCUGCCUGCAUUUAACCGUUUGAGAACUGGUAUAAUGUUUGAGAGUGUUAUUGAUGAUGAUGAAGGGAACCGUAAGGAAAUUCUCAGGGAAGUUGAUGUUCGGAACAUGGGAGACAAUGAAAGAAAAAAGUUCAUUGAGAAAGUUUUCAAAGUGGUUGAAGAAGACAAUGAUCAGUUCUUGAGAAAAUUGAGAGCUCGAAUAGAUAGAGUAGCGAUGAGGAUCCCAACUGUAGAAGUUAGGUUUGAAAAUCUGACAGUAAAUGCUGAGUGCUUAAUUGGUGGGAGAGCACUUCCCACACUUACGAACUCAGCCAAGAACUUCUUAGAGGCCUUGUUGGGCAUGGUUGGAUUAUCAACGACUAAGAAGACAAAUCUUACUAUUCUUAAGGAUGUUAGUGGGAUCAUAAAGCCAUCCAGACUUACCUUGUUAUUAGGCCAGCCUGGAUCUGGAAAGUCUACUCUACUUUUAGCUUUGGCAGGAAGAUUGGACAAGGAACUCAAGGUGACUGGUUCCAUAACUUACAAUGGGCAUUCAAUGGAAGAGUUUGUCCCUCAGAAGACAUCUGCCUAUAUAAGUCAAAAUGAUCUUCAUGUAGGGGCGAUGACUGUUAGAGAGACAUUGAAUUUCUCUGCAAAAUGUCAGGGUGUUGGUAGUAAAUAUGAAAUGCUCACCGAGCUGGAUAAGAGAGAGAAAGAAGCUGGAAUUUUGCCAGAUCCUGAAGUAGAUCUUUUCAUGAAAGCAACAUCUGUGGAAGAUGUCGAAAGUAGCCUUCAAACAGAUUACGCUCUGAAGAUUCUUGGUUUGGAUAUAUGUGCAGAUACAAUAGCAGGAGAUGAAAUGAUUAGGGGAAUUUCGGGUGGACAAAAGAGACGUCUUACAACUGGGCAAGUUGUCUACCAUGGGGCCAGAAAAGAUGUGCUUGAAUUUUUUGAAAGCUGUGGAUUUAGAUGCCCUGAAAGAAAGGGUGCUGCAGAUUACUUGCAGGAGGUGACUUCAAAGAAAGAUCAAGAGCAAUAUUGGGCUGACAGGAGUAAACCAUAUCACUAUAUCUCUGUGAAGGAAUUUGCAGAUAUGUACAAGAGUUUUCGUGUAGGUAGAAGACUCUCCAGAAAAUUAUCUGUACGAUAUGACAAGCUUACUAGCCACAAAAAAUCUCUGGUAUUUAGUAAACACCUGAAUUCUAAUAUGGAGAUCUUCAAAAUCUGCUUUGCUAAAGAAUGGCUUCUUCUCAAACGCAAUGCUCCCAUCUACAUAUUCAAGACUGUACAAAUUAUUUUCACUGCAUUUGUAGCAACUACAGUAUUCUUGAGAACACGAAUGCACCAACGAAAUGAAGAGGAUGCAAAUUCAUAUCUUGGGGCUCUCUUUUUUAACAUCAUUACAAACACGUUCAAUGGCAUGGCUGAGCUUCCAUUCACAAUUGCUAGACUACCAGUAUUUUAUAAACAACGAGACCUUCUGCUAUAUCCUCCAUGGGCUUUCUCUCUUUCCUCCUUAUUGCUGAGUAUUCCAAUAUCAUUUAUGGAAUCGGCUAUUUGGGUUGCCAUGACCUACUAUGGAAUAGGAUUUGCCCCUGAUGUUGUCAGGUUUUUCAGGCAAUUCCUUAUACUAUUUCUCCUACAUCAGAUGUCAUCUUCAAUGUUCAGAUUUUUAGCAGGACUUUGUAGAUCAACGACAGUAUCCAAUAGCGGAGGAUCACUCACUUUAAUAGUAGUUUUACUGCUUGGAGGAUUCAUUAUCACCAAAGAUAGCAUUCCCAAGUGGUUGGUAUGGGGUUAUUGGUGCUCUCCGCUAACAUAUGCACAAACUUCCAUUGUUUUGAAUGAGAUGCUUGAUCCCAGAUGGAAUAAAAGUACAGAUUCUUCACCAAACCUGGCCCUUGGUGUACUUGAAAGGCAUAACAUCAAGCCUGAAGCAUACUGGUAUUGGAUAGGAGCUGCUGCUUUGUUGGGGUUUUUAGUGCUCUUCAAUGUUCUAUUCACAAUUUCGCUUACAUAUCUAAAUCCUCUUGGAAAGCAUCAGGUUAUAAAACCAAAAGACAAGCUCGCACAAGACCAAGAGCCCCAGCGUGGUCAAUCAAAUUCUAAAAAGGGACAACCUAAAACAUCUUCUACCAAAAAUGGAAAAGGCACAAAAGAAAUGCAAAUGCAUCAGAUGAACAGGAGGUCAAUCAAAACAGAAAUCAUUUCAACAGAUUUGGACAUAGAAACCGGUGGUUUGAAAAAAAGAGGAAUGGUUCUUCCUUUCAAACCAUUGGCAAUGUCUUUUUCUGAUGUCAAUUACUUCGUUGACAUGCCUCCGGAAAUGAAAGAACAGGGAGAAACAGAGGAUAGACUGCAACUACUUCGUAAUGUAACAGGGGCGUUUAGGCCAGGAGUUCUCACCGCGUUGAUGGGGGUUAGUGGGGCUGGAAAGACGACACUCAUGGAUGUUUUGGCUGGAAGGAAAACAGGAGGAUAUAUUGAAGGAGAUAUUAGGAUCUCUGGAUUUCCCAAAAACCAAGAAACAUUUGCUCGAAUCUCUGGUUAUUGUGAACAGAAUGAUAUUCACUCUCCACAAGUAACAGUGAGAGAGUCCUUACUAUAUUCUGCUUUUCUUCGUCUUCCAAAAGAGGUUGAUAAUAACACCAAAACUGCCUUUGUAGAUGAGGUUAUGGAGCUGGUAGAGUUGGAUGGUUUAAGGGAUGGAUUAGUGGGUCUUCCUGGUGUAACUGGUUUAUCAAUAGAACAAAGAAAAAGGUUAACAAUUGCUGUUGAACUUGUUGCGAAUCCAUCUAUUAUUUUCAUGGAUGAACCAACUUCAGGACUAGAUGCCAGAUCUGCAGCUAUUGUCAUGAGAACCGUCCGCAAUACAGUUGAUACAGGAAGAACCAUUGUCUGUACCAUCCACCAGCCUAGCAUUGACAUUUUUGAAUCUUUCGAUGAGUUGCUCCUAAUGAAGAGAGGUGGGCAAGUCAUCUAUUCAGGACCCUUGGGUCAAAACUCUGGAAAAGUUAUUGAGUAUUUUGAGGCUAUUCCUGGAGUACCAAAGAUAAAGGAUAAGCAAAAUCCUGCUACAUGGAUGUUAGAAGUUAGCUCUACUGCUACUGAGCUCUUUCAAGGAAUAGACUUUGCAGAAUACUACAAGAACUCAACUCUCUAUAAGAGGAAUAAAUCAUUAGCAAAGGAGCUAUCUGUUCCAGCAUCUGGUGCAAAAGAUCUUUAUUUUCCAACUCAGUUUUCGCAAUCUUUCUUUGGACAGUUUAAAUUUUGUCUGUGGAAGCAAAAUUGGUCGUAUUGGAGAAGUCCAGAUUACAAUAGCCUUAGAAUUCUAACAAGCUUUUUGGUUGCUGUGAUAUUUGGAGCUAUAUUUUGGAAGGUUGGAGCAAAACGGGACAACAACUUAGAUCUCUUUAAUAUCAUAGGGGGCAUGUAUUGUGGAGUUUUGUUCAUAGGAGUAAUGAAUUGUCAAACAGUACAGCCUUUAGUUGCAGUGGAGAGAACUGUUUUCUACAGAGAAAGAGCUGCAGGAAUGUAUUCUGCAAUGUCCUAUGCUUUGGCACAAGUGAUCAUUGAGAUUCCAUACGCCAUUUUCCAAUCACUUGUCUAUGUCCUUGUACUCUAUAGCAUGAUUGGUUUCGAAUGGAAAGUUCAGAAGUUCUUGUGGUUUUUCUUCGUCAAUUUCUUUACAUUUCUCUAUUUUACCUAUUAUGGGAUGAUGGGUGUCUCAAUUACACCAAACGCACAAGCGGCUGCAGUUGUUUCUGGAUUUUUCUUUAUUCUAUUCGGCUUGUUUUCAGGGUUUUACGUUACUAAACAGAAACUUCCAAAAUGGUGGGUUUGGUAUUAUUGGGUCUGCCCAGUAUCAUGGACAGUUUAUGGGCUCAUUAUUUCACAGUACGGAGACAUAACCGAGCUCAUAGAGGUAGAUGGGAAGAAAACAGGAACUCCGCUGAAUCAGUAUUUAGCAGACUAUUUUGGAUUCGAUAAUGAUUUUAUGGGUGUUGUAGCUGCAGUGCUCUUGGGCUUCACUUUUUUCUUCGCAUUUGUGUUUGCUUAUUGUAUAAAAACCCUGAAUUUCCAGCACCGAUAAGUAGCUGAUUUAAAUUAUGUCUGUUAGAAUUUUUUGUAAGGUCUGUUC